UAGGAAUUUUUCUCAUUAAAAUAAGAAUUUCACUUGCACCUAAACAUAAUUGACUAUAUAAAAAUUAUAAGCAUUAGUAAAGUAGCAAAAUUUAUCACAGCAAUCCCAUGUGUGUUUAUUCUAUAGAAGCUAUUUCAUGACAACUAUCUUUGAAAGUUCUAAAGAAUAAAUACACAUUUCCUAAUAGCAAAAAAAAAACACUAUUAGGCUGUAGUACAGUUGAUCUGUAAGAUCUGGUCUAUAAGAAGGGAUGCCCUAUUAAAUUUUCUGAAGCUAAUUCUACUAGAAGCAGGAGUAUUUGAGUUGGAAGACCUGUCUGUGAAAAGAUCUGAACAUGGGAAGACUCAGGCUUGGGAAGACUAAUUUUGAAAAAGGCAGGACCUGGGGAAAGGUUGGAAGACUUGGACAAUGAAACAUGUUAGAAUACCUGAAUGUUAGAAGACGGAAGACGUGGAGAUUGAGCCCGUUGUUGGAAGACUGAGUAGUUGUCGGAAGAUGUGGAUUUUCUGGAAGGCGUGGAUUUCCUGGAAGACGUGGCUUGGUUGGAAGACGUAGAUUUUCUGGAAGACAGUUUUGUUGGAAAACAUGGGUAGGCUGGAAGACAUGAAUUUGAUGGAAGACACAGCUUUGUUGGAAGACAUGGAUUUUCUGGAAGCCAUGGAUUUGAUGGAAGUCAUGGAUUUUCUGGAAGACCUGGAGAUCAUUGGAAGACAUGGCUUUUCUGGAAGACGUGGAUUUUCAGGAAGACCCGAAUUGUCCGGAAGACCUGGAUUGUCUGGAAGAUGCAGAUUUGCUGGAAGACCUGGAGGUUACUGGAAGAUGUGGAUCUAUAGGAAGACAUAUAUUUGUGGAAGACCAGGAAUAAGUGGAAGACAUGAAUUUCUGGAAGACGUGGCUUGGUUGGAAGACAUGGAUUUUCUGGAAGACAUGGCUUUUUUGGAAGACGUGGCUUUGUUGGAAGAAAUGGAUUUUCUGGAAGACAUGGGUAGGCUGGAAGAUAUGAAUUUGAUGGAAGACAGAGCUUUGUUGGAAGACAAGGAUUUGCUGGAGGACAUGGAUUUUCUGGAAGCCAUGGAUUUGAUGGAAGACAUAGAUUUUCUUGAAGACGUGGACAGUCUGGAAGACCUGGGGUCAUUGGAAGACAUGUAUUUCCUGGAAGACAUGGCUUUUCUGGAAGACGUGGAUUUUCAGGAAGACCCGAAUUGUCCGGAAGACCUGGAUUGUUUGGAAGACGUAGAUUUUGUCUGGAAGACGUGGAUUGACCGGAAGACUGGAUUUGGUGGAAGACAUGGAUUGGCUGGAAGACUUGGAUUUUUCUGGAAGAUGCAGAAUGAUGGAAGAUCUGGCUUUGUUGGAAGACGUAGAUUUUCUGGAAGAUGUAGUUUUGUUGGAAGACGUGGGUAGUCUGGAAGACAUGAAUUUGAUGGAAGACACAGCUUUGUUGGAAGACAAGGAUUUUCUGGAAGCCAUGGAUGUGAUGGAAGAUAUGGAUUUUCUGGAAGACCUGGAGAUCAUUGGAAGGCAUGGAUUUCCUGGAAGACAUGGUUUUUCUGGAAGACGUGGAUUUUCAGGAAGACCCGAAUUGUCCGGAAGACCUGGAUUGUCUGGAAGAUGUAGAUUUGCUGGAAGACCUGGAGAUUACUGGAAGGCAUGGAUCUCUAGGAAGACAUAUAUUUGUGGAAGACCAGGAUUAAAUGGAAGACAUGAAUUUUCUGGAAGACGUGGAUUGACCAGAAGACUGGAUUUGGUGGAAGACAUGGAUUGGCUGGAAGACCUGGAUUUUUCUGGAAGAUGUGGAUUGAUAGAAGACCUGGAUUUGGUGGAAGAUGUGGAUUUUUCUGGAAGACGUGACUUCGUUGGAAGACAUGGGUAGGCUGGAAGACAUGAAAUUGAUGGAAGACAAGGAUUUGCUGGAAGACAUGGAUUCUGUGGAAGAUGUAGAUAGUCUGGAAGACCUGGGGGUCAUUGGAAGACAUGGAUUUCCUGGAAGACAUGGAUUUUCAGGAAGACAUGGAUUUUCAGGAAGACCCGAAUUGUCCAGAAGACCUGGAUUGUCUGGAAGACGUAGAUUUGCUGGAAGACCUGGAGGUUACUGGAAGAUGUGGAUCUUUAGGAAGACAUAUUUGUGGAACACUGGGAUUCAGUGGAAGACAUGAAUUUUCUGGAAGACAUGGCUUUGUUGGAAGACCUGGAUUUAGUGGAAGACAUGGAUUGGCUGGAAGACCUGGAUUUUUCCGGAAGAUAUGGGUUGAAUGGAAGAUCUGGCUUUGGCGGAAGACGCAGAUUUUUCUGGAAGAUGUGGACUGAGUGGAAGACCUGGAUGUCUUUCUGGAAGACGUGGAUUGACUGGAAGACCUAGAUUUUUCUGGAAGGCGUGGAUUAGCUGGAAGACCUUGAAAUUGGUAGAAGACGUGGAUUGUCUGGAAGACCUUGAAACCAUUGGAAGAUGUGGAUUUUCCUGGAAGAUAUGGAUUCUGUGGAAGACCUAUAAUUGCUGGAAGACUGGAUUGUCUGGAAGACGUAGAUUGUCUGGAAGACGUAGAUUGUCUGGAAGACUGGGAUUAGCUGGAAGACGUUGAUGUUGUUGGAAGACUUGGAAUUAGUUGGAAGACUUGGAGUUGCUGGAAGACCUGGAGUUGUUGGAAGAUCUUGAUACUGGCGCCAUUGGAAACCCUGGACAUUGGAGACAUUGGAAGCACAGGAUGUUGGAGACAUUGGAAGCCUUGGAUUUUGAGGAUAAUGGUUAUUCUGGACACUGGAGUCUUUGGAGGCCCUGAAUGUUGGAGUUUGUGGAUAUUGGAAGCCAUGGAUCCUGGAAGCCCUGAACACUAGAGACACUGCAAGUCCUGGACCUUGGAAUCCUUAAACAUUAGAAGAUAUGGACAAUAAAAGACCUAGACAUUUAGAAAUCCGAAAAUCAGAAGCCCUGGAUAUUGGGAGACAUUGGAAAACCUGGAUAAUGACAUACUCAUGUUAAAAGACAUAGAAUUUGAAAGAUGUUAACUUUCAAAGAUGUUGGCAGCCCUGGACAAUUGGAGACCUAGACUUUAAGAGACCAAGAUGUUCAGAGAUCUAGUCAUUCAGACAUUGGGGAUGUUGGAACACCUGAAUGUUGGAAGACCAGGUUCAUGGAGAUAUUGAAAGACUUGGGCAUUGGAGGAACUGGUAAUAACAAGACAUUAUGAAAUCAGGAUUCAGAAGACACUAAAAGUUGUAGGAACUGAAUGAUGUUAAGUGCUAGGAGAUAUUGGAAGAGCUGGACUUGGACGAAACGAAAUACAGGAACUCUAGAAGACUUGUAUAUAGGAGACAUUAGAGGACUGGGAA